AUGGCCAGAAGCGGCAGCAAGCUCUACAAGCUGAAGUCGGUCCUCAAGAAGCUCAACUCCUUCAACACCAAGCUCAGCCGAGGAGGAAGCUCGAUCGCCGCCGCGGCCGCCGCCGGCGAUGACUCGAACUCCAACUCCUACUCCUCCUCCACAUCCUCCUCCUACUCCGUCGACAGCGCCGGGGACCUGCAGCCCGUCUACGUCGGGAAAUCGAGGAGGCGGUACCUCCUCAGCCCCGACAUUGUGGAUCACCCGCUCUUCCGCGAGCUGGCGGAGCGCUCCGACAACGACAUAAGAGUCGGGUGCGAGGUCGUGAUGUUCGAGCAUUUGCUCUGGAUGCUCGAGAACGCCGAUCCCCUGCCGGAGUCCGUCGACGAGCUCGCCGAUUUCUACGCCUGCUGA